AUGGCCGGUAAAGCUCUACAUCGCAAAUUUGACGACCAAGCCCAGGGCUUGGAAAACAUUCCAUCGGAAAUUCCAGAACAAAGCGUUGCAGAUGACCAUAGUUCCGAAGACGAUGCCAGCAGCGACGAUGAAGCCCCAGAGGAAGAGGGUGUUGUUGACGCCAAGAGUCAGAUCGAGGGGCGAGAAUUAGAACGACAACGAGCUGCCAAGAAAGAGCAAGACCUGAUAAAGGAUAAAAGACGUAAACAGAACCUAAUAUUUGCUAAGCAACAAGAUGAGAAACGUACCAAACAGUUUCAAGACUUUGAGCUUCUCAUGAAACAGCGGGAACUAGAAAAUGGGGCAAGCAGUGAUGAGGAAAUUCCAGAAGAACUGCCCGAAGGAUUUUUUGAAAAUCUAGACGAGCAAGCCUCGCACCAAAUAGCAACCAAGCCCACACACGUCAACUUCAAUGACAUAGACGAAAACUUCACACCCGAGGUUAAAGCCGAACUCAAAAAACAAAAGAAGAAAACGCUGAAUAAACUGCGGAAGACAACCUUGAAAAGAGGCCCUGUCACGGUUAAUCUUUUGGCGACCAUGGCCAGCAGCCGGUCGUUAGCGCCAAAAAAAGACCCAGUCGUGCUUAACAAGAAGGACAAGUGGCUCAAGCGCAAGUCCCUCGGACGUAGGUGA